UAAGGGGCAUUUUUUUUUUAGAAUAUAGCAAACAUCUGCAGCAAUUUUACACAAUGGAUGAUAGUGAUAAAAAAGAUGCUGACGAAAUUAUUAUAGAUGGAGAAGAGGAAUCUGAAUCCUUACUGAGCCAAUCAAAGAGAAAGCAAGAGCAAGGGAAUAAGGUAGCUAUAAGUCCCCCCUCAAAGAAGUCAAAGUUGGAAAAUGGGUCCUCAGAGGAAGGCCAAGAGGAAGGGGUCACAGAAGAAGGUGACCCAUCCAGCCUGAUAAUACUAGAAGAUGACACAGUAGAUUUUAGAAAAGGCAGGCUUUUGGCAGAAUAUUCUGUGACUGCAGAUGAGGAGGAAAGUUCACUGGAUAGUAUUACUGGGGACACAAUUGCCCAAAAUGUUGAAAAUGGGAAAGUCAUUGGGAACAUUACUACCACUGAGACACUAAAAGGAAGAGAAACUUCCCCACUAACAGAAACAGAAGAAUUAGAUCUCCCAGUGGAGCUUAAAAAAAAAACAGAUGGAGUAGAUAGGGUAGCAGAAACAUUGCAUGAAUUAUCUUCCUGUGCAGAGACAGAAGAAAUUGCACCUCAGGAAGAAAGUGAAGUCCUGAGGAGGCAGUUCACAGAAGAGGUUGUGUUGCCGAAAGAGAGUGACAUCUUAAAGAACCUGUGUGAGGGAGAGGUUGAUGAGGGAGUGGCGCGACCUCUUACCACCAAGGAGGAAGAGAAGCUUGGGCUUUCUGGCUUAUUUGAAGACAAGAACUUAGAAAUCAGCUUGACUGAAGGGUUGGAUAACAACAAGGAAGAAACUGUGUUUAACCAAGACAAUGCCAUUUGUGUAGAAACUCAUAGCAAAGCAGACAUUGGUCCAGAUCAGCCUGUUGCUGAAGAAACUGCCAAGCAGAAGAAAAAGAAAGGGAAGAGGAGGGAGAGGAAGAGAGCCACAGAAGGCACAGAGGCUGGGGCUGCCAGGAAAGACCUGAGGCCAAACUAUUUUGUGGGAGUGAAGAUUUCCAAUGCUGAAAUUCAUCAAGCAAUUGUCAAGAUUCAAGAAGAUCUGAUAGCCUUCGAGCCAAAAUUUGCACGAGCACUUAUUGACGUGGCAACUUCUCACAUCACUCUCCUGGUUGCACAUAUAGACAGCGAGGAGAAGCUGAGCUUAGCUAUAUCAGCUUUAGAUGAAUGCAAGAAAAAGCUAACUGAUUUCACUACAAAGCCAAUACAGUUGACAUUUUCUGGAGUGGGACACUUUUCAAACCAGGUUGUGUACGCCAAACUGGUAGAAGACGAGCAUUACCACAGGCUGCUGACCUUGGCCACGGAAGUACGGCAAGUUUUCUCUAGCAUGGGGGUUUGCAUGCCUGAUGUGAAGGACCUCCAUCCCCACCUCACCAUUGCAAAGACUUCCAAGGCACCGCACAGAAAGGGCAAGCAUUUCCCACGGAAAUUUGAUCCUGCUAGUUACCAGCCCCACCAAGAUGCUCACUUUGGCUGUCAAUAUGUAUUUGGUCUCCAGCUCCUCAGCAUGAAUAAACCAAAGGACAAAGAGCGGUAUUACCACUGUGAGAAAGAAAUGAGUUUUGGUAAGUAUGGAAUUCCCUCUGAAAGUUAA